GGAACCAAUCAAUAUAUGGGUCCAUUGCCAGUAAUGACCUGUUACAUAUUUGUUUAACUUUAUAGUUCAUCUAGUCGAGCGACACUUCCAGUGAAUCAACGUUUUCUUUCUUUGCUAACACUGCAAAUACAGUUUCAGUUACAUCAGUCUUUUUUAACUUACACAAAUCUGUGCAUAACUGAAGUAUAUAACUUGAUGAGUUAAGUGUGCACCCAUAAAACCACAAUCUAUGCCAUUAACCUGUCAGUCACCUCCAGAAGUUUAUUCCCGCCUUCAUUAGUUUGUGAAAAGAACGCUUAACUAGCAAAAUUUUAAGUAUACAGUACGAUAUUGUUAACCGUGGGCACCAUGCUGUACCUUAGACCUCUAGGACUUCAUCAUUUCGCAUAACUGAAGCUUUGUACUUUUUGAUGUGUCCCAUUCCCCCUCCACCAGCUGCUGGCAACCACCAUUCCACUGUCUGCUUCUCUGCGUUUGACUCGUGUAGAUUCCUCAUGCCCGGUGCCCUGGCGCCUCCUGUCCGCUGAGCCAUGGCCACCCCCGACGUGAGCGUCCACAUGGAGGAGGUGGUGGUGGUGACGACGCCCGACACGGCGGCGGAUGGCAGUGGCGUGGAGGAGGUGAAGACCGUGCUGGUCACCACCAACCUGGCCCCGCACGGGAGUGACCUGGCGGAGGGUAACAUGGAGCCGGAAAACGCCGCGGCAGCUGCCGCAGCCGCGUUCACAGCGUCCUCGCAGCUCAAGGAGGCCGUGUUAGUGAAGAUGGCUGAAGAGGAGGAGAGCCUGGAGGCCGAGAUCGUGUACCCCAUCACCUGCGGGGACAGCAGAGCCAACCUGAUCUGGAGGAAGUUUGUGUGCCCUGGCAUCAAUGUGAAGUGUGUUCAGUACGAUGAGCACGUCAUCAGCCCCAAGGAGUUUGUGCACCUGGCCGGCAAGUCUACCCUGAAGGACUGGAAGCGAGCCAUCCGCAUGAACGGCAUCAUGCUCAGGAAGAUCAUGGACUCCGGGGAGCUGGACUUCUACCAGCACGACAGGGUCUGCUCCAACACCUGCCGCAGCACCAAGAUCGACCUCUCGGGGGCCCGCGCGUCCCUGGGCAGCCCCACGCCUGCCGAGUACAUCCCCCUCACGCCCGCCACGGCCGACGUGAACGGGGCUCCUGCCACUAUCACCAUCGAGACUUGUGAGGACCCUGGGGACUGGACCACAGCCGUCGGAGAUGACACGUUUGCCUUCUGGCGAGGGCUGAAGGACGCAGGCCUGCUGGACGAGGUCAUACAGGAGUUCCACCAGGAGCUGGUGGAGACCAUGAAGGGUCUGCAGCAACGGGUCCAGGACCCUCCCCUGCAGCUGCGAGACGCCGUCCUCCUCAACAACAUCGUGCAGAACUUCGGCAUGCUGGACCUCGUGAAGAAGGUGCUGGCCGGCCACAAGUGCCAGAUGGACCGCUCUCGGGAGCAGUACGCCCGCGACCUGGCAGCCCUGGAGCAGCAGUGUGACGAGCACCGCCGUCGGGCCAAGGAGCUCAAGCACAAGUCGCAGCACCUCAGCAACGUGCUCAUGACGCUGACGCCCGUCUCCCUGCCCCCCCCCGUGAAGCGGCCCCGCCUCGCAAGGGCCACGUCCGGGCCGGCCGCCAUCGCCUCGCAGGUGCUCGCCCAGUCCGCCCAGAUCGCCCUGACCCCCGGCGUGCCCGUCUCCCAGCUGACCAGCGUGCCGCUGGGCAAAGUGGUGUCCACCCUGCCCUCCCCCAUGCUGGGCAAGGCCAUGCCCCAGGCUGCUCCGGCAAGCUCCCCCGCCUCGCCGCUGCUUGGGGGCUACACGGUGCUGGCCUCCUCGGGCACCACCUUCCCCAGCACGGUGGAGAUCCACCCGGACGCAUCCAGCCUCACGGUCCUGAGCACGGCCGCCGUGCAGGACGGCAGCACUGUGGUCAAGGUGGUGAGCCCGCUGCAGCUGCUGGCCCUGCCCGGCCUGGGCCCCACCCUGCAGAACGUGGCCCAGGUGUCGCCCGGGGGCAGCGCCGUCGUGACGGUGCCCACGGGGGCUGUGGAGAGUGCCGUGGCCGCCCCGGGACCCGAGGAGCACACGGCCACCAUCGAGGUGGCCGCCAUGGCGGAGGGCCACGAGCACAAGUAGCCGUCGGCGGAGGGCGAGGCCCCUCGUGGGCACAGCGCUGGCGCCCGGCGGGCCACGCGGGGCUGCGGAACCAAAGAGAGGAAACGCCAAAACAGACGGAGAGGAGAGGGACGUGGCGGCAGCCUGAGACACGGGUCUCCGAGUUCUGAACCUCCUCCCCUGUUUUCUUGGGAAAUAUAUUUUUCCAUCUGUUGCUUA